CAGGCAGAGGGUGCAGCAAGCAAGCAAAUCUGAAAGAAAUUAAACUCUCCCAAGUGAGUGAAAGUGCUAACCCAACCCCAUCUCUCUAAACUGAAAGCAAAAGCAAGCAGUCUUACUCUUUUUUCUUUUGUACUCCUGCCUCGCUAGCUAGCUAUCGAUGAUGCACACUUUGUCUGCCUAGAUAGUACGCCUUUAUCUUCCUCCAUCCGUGGGGAAAGAAGCCAUAUCCACCAGUUUUCUUCAUUUAUUGGUACCGACACACCCAAGCCGCUAGAGCUCUACCUGAUAGAUCUCGAUCCUCUCAUAUCAGAAAAUUCCCAUUUUGUUGGAAGUGUAUAUAUCAUCAAAUAGGCUUAUCAAGAUCAUCAAGAUGAAGUGAACACAUCAGAGACAGCACCUAGAAAAGGAAAGUAGUACUAAUCAAUCAUCAUAAAGAGUUAUUGAAGUUCCUCUCUUGUGUGUGCUUCCGUACAUGGCGACGUACUUUCAUGGCAGCACCUCAGAAAUUCAUGAAUCCUCUUCUGCUUCUGCUGCUGAUGGUUUACACGCACAAACACUUCACCUCAUGAACUCAACCUACACCCCACACCACAACCACCACAACAUGCUCCUCCUCAACCACCCCAACAACCUCUCCACUUUCCACCACGCGCCGCCGCUCCAACCACCCUCACCCAACAACCACCACCCCGUGAUUCACGACAUCACCACCGCCUUCCACGCACCGAACUACAACUUGUGGGGCCCAGCAACUGAGCAGCCACGGUCCGCGGCGGCAACAACAACCCAGCCCAUCAGCAUCGGAGGAGGCGCUUUCCGGCAGCCAAGCCUGCAGGGUCUUUCCCUCAGCCUUUCCUCAGACCAAACAGCUUACAGGCAGUUUACCGGCGAGCUUGACGCCGUCCCUGCGGCGGGGACCGGUAACUCUCCGGUGAGCGUUGUUUUGGGGUCAAGGUAUUUGAAGGGUGCGCAGGAGCUUCUAGAUGAAGUUGUGAACGUCGGCGGGGGAAUCUACAAAGAUGGGAAAUUUGCAGAUGACAACAAAGAUAAGAUGAAAGCGAAUAGAGAAUCGUCAUCUGGUGGUGGUGGUGGUGGUGGGGGAGAACAUAAUAAUAGUAACCAUGUAGUUGUAGCUGAACUCACUACGGCGCAGAGACAAGAGCUUCAGAUGAAGAAGUCCAAGCUUGUUACUAUGCUCGAUGAGGUAGAGCAGAGGUACAAGCAAUAUCACCAUCAAAUGCAAGUUGUGAUAUCAUCAUUUGAACAAGCAGCAGGUUUUGGUUCAGCAAAAUCCUACACUGCCCUUGCCCUAAAGACAAUCUCAAAGCAAUUUCGGUGUCUUAAAGAUGCAAUCUCUGCACAAAUCAAAGCGACGAGCAAGAGCUUGGGUGAAGAUGAUUGCUUAGGAGUUAAAGUCGAAGGGUCGAGGCUAAGGUAUGUCGAUCACCAUCUCCGGCAACAACGGGCAUUGCAGCAGCUGGGAAUGAUUCAGCCCAAUGCUUGGAGGCCCCAAAGAGGCUUGCCUGAACGAGCUGUUUCUAUCCUUCGUGCUUGGCUCUUUGAGCAUUUUCUUCACCCCUAUCCAAAGGACUCCGAUAAAAUUAUGCUUGCUAAACAAACGGGACUUGCUAGGAGCCAGGUAUCAAACUGGUUUAUCAAUGCCCGAGUUCGCCUGUGGAAACCAAUGGUUGAGGAAAUGUACAUGGAAGAAAUCAAGGAGCAAGAAAAGGCUAAUGGUUCAAAAGAAUCAAGUCAAUCAACCAAUAAGGAGCGAGGGUCAUCACCACCAAACAAUGUCACACCAGAAUCAGGUGAUGAAAUCAAACUUGAGCACAUAAAAAAUCUCCAAUCAUCAAAACAAGAAAGCUUCAACACUUCUCCAACAACCGAGAUCUCAACAAACUCUUCAGUAGGAGGAGGACCCUUUCAAUCCCACUCUGGUUUCCAACUUGUAGGAUCAUCUGAUCACAUGAUACAAAGGAGUUCUGAAAUGCAGAACAACUCUCCAAGUAGCAUUGGUAACAACAUAAGGUUUGGCAAUGAAAGGAACCACAAAGAUUUAGGCUACCAUGCUUUAAUGACAGACCACGGUGGCGGUUUCGGAUCGUUGUUCUCCUCCAUGGAAGACAUUGGAAUGAGCAGGUUCAAUGUCACUCAUGAGCAAUUGGCUUCGCGGUUCCAUGGAAAUAAUAAUAAUGGUGUUUCUCUCACUUUGGGACUUCACCACAAUGAGAACCUCCCUAAUAUCUCAGCAACUCAUCAACAUGGAUUUCUCUCACAGAACAUUCAUUUGGGAAUGGGACUUGAGAUGGGAAGUACCAAUAAUGGGAAUGAGGUUGUGACAGGCACAGAUUAUGACACCAUUGAUAUUCAAAACAGAAAGAGGUUUUCUGCACAAUCAUUACCAGAUUUCUGUGGUCUGAGUGGCUAGAAAUGAAUACUGGAAAAUUAUCAUUUCUGUUACUGCAACCUGCAUGAAAGACAAAGACAAAUCAGUUCAGAGUGUUUCUACACACACUAACUUAGCAGAAGACAGAAGAAAGAAGACACAUCUAGCUAGCUGCAUAAGAAAAAGUUGGAGAAAAGCAUAUAUAUUGUUUUAUACAUACACAAUUAAGUGCAUGUUUGGAAAUUCUUUUGGAAUCAAUUUUGGGGAGAAGGUUCCACGGGUAGUGUGGGUGUUAGAAUUGAUUCUAAAGAAAGAGAAGUUGGUCCAAACAUGCUAAUAGUUAUGGAAUGUAUAGUCGUUACUGAUAUUCUUUGCAUGGGAGGGUGAAGCUCUCUACAAGUAAAGGUGGAUAUAGUAAGUAGUAUAGAACAUAUACUUGCAAAGAUUUCAUCAGUUUACUUUAUUAUACAAUUCAUAAAGUUGGGGAGGGUAUAUUGUAUAUGUUAUUUUGAGUAUAGUUAGAAGGAUUUGAAUUACUUCUUUUGAUUUGAUCCAUUUAUACAUAUGUGAAAAUAAUAAUUCCUGGACCUGCAGGCGGCAGGCAUGUAUAAUUUUUGUUUCAUUUGCAUUUCCA